GUGUUGUGUGGCCCCGGUGCGCAGACGCGCUGGAUAGCUGCGGAGUGAAUUCUGCGCCGCGAAGCUUGAGAGGCCGGUAGUUGCGGCGCUGGGCGGGCGGUGGCAAUUCCACGUGCUCGUUGCGGCCGGUUGAAACCGUUGGCGGGCGCUGGCUGAGAGGCAAUGUUUGCUGUCUUCCAUUAGAAGGACUGAAUUUCCACAUGACGGCUUUUUGACAAGACCUAAAACCUGUGUUGGAUAGCGAAUAUUUAGCCAUUUACCUAAAAUGGUAUUUUUUACAUGCAAUGCAUGUGGUGAAUCAGUGAAGAAAAUCCAAGUGGAAAAGCAUGUGUCUGUUUGCAGAAACUGUGAAUGCCUUUCUUGCAUUGACUGUGGUAAAGAUUUCUGGGGUGAUGACUAUAAAAACCACGUGAAAUGCAUAAGUGAAGAUCAGAAGUAUGGUGGCAAAGGCUAUGAAGGUAAAACCCACAAAGGCGACAUUAAACAACAGGCAUGGAUUCAGAAAAUUAAUGAAUUAAUAAAGAGACCUAACGUCAGCCCCAAAGUGCGAGAACUUUUAGAGCAAAUCAGUGCUUUUGACAACGUUCCCAGGAAAAAGGCAAAAUUUCAGAACUGGAUGAAGAACAGUUUAAAAGUUCAUAAUGAAUCCAUUCUGGAGCAGGUGUGGAAUAUCUUUUCUGAGGCUUCCAGCAGUGUAAGUCGGAUCUUAAGGGAGAUUCAGACAAAGGAAGAACGGCAGAAGAAUAGGAAAAAAGAAAAGAAGGAACUAAAAUUAGAAAAUCACCAGGAAAACUCAAGGAAUCAGAAGCCUAAGAAGCGUAAAAAGGGACAGGAGGCUGACCUUGAGGCCGGCGGGGAGGAAGUCCCCGAGGCCAGCGGCUCUGCAGGGAAGAGGAGCAAGAAGCAGGAGCGCGAGGGCAGGCCCACUGCCACGGAGCAUGAGGAUGGCGCCGGCAAGGAGCAGGCAGACGUGGGUGCGGGGAGGAGGAAGCGGAGGCAUUCGGAAGCUGAAACAGAUUCUAAGAAGAAAAAGAUGAAGCUCCCAGAGCAUCCUGAGGGUGGAGAACCAGAAGACCAUGAGGCUCCUGCAAAAGGCAAAUUCAACUGGAAGGGAACUAUUAAAGCAAUUUUGAAACAGGCCCCAGACAAUGAAAUAGCAAUCAAAAAGUUAAGGAAAAAGGUUUUAGCUCAGUACUACACAGUGACCAACGAGCAUCACAGAUCUGAAGAGGAGCUCCUAGUCAUCUUUAACAAGAAAGUCAGCAAGAACCCCACCUUUAAGUUAUUAAAAGACAAAGUCAAGCUUUUGAAAUGAGCAUUUCUGUAUUUAAAAAUGGAUUCCAUUCUACUAACUUCUUCCUUUCACUGCUGUCUAUAAAAUGUGUAAUGAAUUCCAACAACUCAAAUUUUGCUUUCUGAAGCUGUAUUUUUAAGUUAAGAAAAAAUAUAUUUUUGGUAUAACUUUUAUGAAAAAAAUAAAAUAUAUUCUUGUCCAAACUUC